AUGUGCUGUGGAAACAUUUGAUUUUCCAGAAACAAGUAUAGAUACAGAGCUUAGCUACAUAGAUGGGCAACUGCAUCAUAGAAUACGAAGAAGUGCAGAGUACAGACCUUCUGCUGGCAUGAUUAUUAAAAUCACAUUAAUUUCCUAUAUUACAAUAUGCUGCUGCUAUGGAGAGGAGACAAACUAGUGGUGUUAGUAAAAAAAAAAACACUGUCCGAUGAUUCAAAAUGUAAAAAAAAAAAAAAAUCACACCCACUGAAUCUACUCAAAUUGCAAUGCGCUGCAACAAACUGCAGUCAUGCAGGACGGCAUACUGCUGUUCAAAAUAAACCAGUCUCUCAUUCUCUCAAUCACAAGUUCAUUCAACUGAUACUGGACAAGUUAUUUUCUACAAAAUCAUCUAGCAACAGACAAAUAUAACGGCUCAGCUUGUUUAUCGGUGGGGCAAUGCUUUUUUUUACCUCCUCAAGUAUUUCCAACUUGGAUGGGGAUCUAUUACAGUUUGCAGCUUCUAUUCAAACCUUUAAAGAAAGAACACAAUUGCACAGGAUUGCUUAUAGAAAAGUACACUAGAGGACAACCAAGAGAACUGGUUAAAAGCUGCCAGAACAAGGAUUCAGAAAAGCCAAGAAUUUGUUGAAGGAACACUUUGGUCAUCAGUUGAAAAUUACAGCAGCCUACAUGAAAAAGGCUUUGAAUUGGCCUGCAAUAAAACCUGAUGACAUCAGUGGUUUGUAAGCAUAUGCUUUGUUUCUGAGAGGUAACUGCAAUGUGAUGGUAAACUUUAUGGAUGAGAUUAAUGUUUCAUCGAACCUUAAGAACAUCACGGUGAAACUCUUACCAACUCAGGGAAAAAUGAAAAACCACAGCUUGUGAGAUACAAGAUGGAAUAGUUGUAGCGUCAAGUUUACAGACAUGAUGGACUUGAUCGAGCUUCAGGUUAAGAUUUUCAUGGAUCCUCUCUUUGGAGAUAUUAAAGAUACACAACCACCCAUAUCCCAUUGAAUCAAAGUCAAUUCUGUACCUUACAGUAGUAGAGGGAAAAGUUCAGCUACAGUGGCUAUAGUCAAUACUGUUGAAGGUUUUCAGCCUUCAAAGUCCAUCCAUCACAGCACAGCACAGUUUUUCAUCUUCAUCUCAAAGAAAAUCCUGUUUUGGAAUAAUGUCCUCUGAUUCAGAAAAUGACUCACAGACAAAAGACUGAAUUUUUGAAGACUAAUGCAAGAUGCUGACAGGGGCAACACACUGAUCUAACAAAAGCCAACAAACCUGUUUGUUUGCGUAUGUCUGUGCGGUGUGAAAUUGAAGUGGACUUUUCUUAUGUCUGGAAAAUGAAAACAAAAAGGUGAGACUUUCCUUCAUGCUUGAAAAUGUUAGAGUUGCUCCUUUAAAACAAAAAACCAAACCAAUACGUGAACUUGAAGCUGCUGUUUUAGCAGUCAGAAUUGACAAGAUGCUCAAGAAGAAACUGGGUUUGGACAAGUCAUUGUUUUGGACAGACAGCCAAACUUUAUUGAAAUACACUGCCAAUGAUACCAAGAGGUUUCAUACAUUUGUGGCAAACAAAGUGUCAGUCAUCAGGGAUGCAACAGACAUUGUACAAUGGAGACAUAUUGGAACAGAAUUAAAUCCUGUUGAUGAUGCCUUUAGAGGCAUGCCCAUUACAAACUUCCCAACAGAUGGAUACAAUUAUUGGAAUAUCUCAACAUGAAGCAUUCAAACAGGAAAUUUCUUCCUUGCAAAGUGGCGUAAAAAGGAGUAGAGCCCCACAUCCCAGAUCGUUGGGUGGUGCAAAUCAGGCUCAAAAGCUGCCUUAAAAUCUUCAAGUGUGUGGCCAGCCUUAGAAUGGGUGGAAGAAACGAAACCACAUGUUGUCAACAUUACAAAAAACAUAAUUGGAUUAUUAAUGCAAAUACUGCUUGUAGAAAGGUAAUCUCUGAAUGUGUUGUCAAUGUUUUAAGGCAAUAUUGGAGAACAAAAAAUGGCUUACCAAAGCAAAGAAUCAUGCCAGAUUUGCCUCCUUUUACCAAUACCAGUGUGGACUACUUUGGACCUAUUGAUAUGAAAUGUCAGAGUGAUGUGAAAAUAUAUGGAGUUAUGUUUACCUGCAUGAUCAGUUGUGCAAUACACCUUAAAGUAGCCUACUCUUUGGAUACAAAUUCCUGCAUAAAUUGCAUUCACCAUUUCAUGUGUUGUUGUGGGCAAGUAUUGCAUUUAAGAUAUGAUAAAGGCACAAAUUUUAUUGGAGCAGAAAGGAGCUUAAGAAUGCUUUGAAGACAUUGGAUCAUGAUAAAAUCCAGCAUACCUUCCUACUGUUACGUGUAGAUGGUGCAGAGACGAGGCAGAUACGGAUUUCCACAAUAUAAGAAGUACUUUUAAUAAACAUGAGCAAAGAACACCAAACUAACACUUAACACAACAGAGAACGGACGAGGAGUGAAGGGAGUGAGUGCAAUAUAAGGGGAGUGCUGACAAUAGAGUCCAGGUGCAGGUGAUGAGUGAUGAUGAGGAGCUGACGAGGGAAGUGAGUGCAGGUGUGGAGAACAGGAGGAUCUUGGGAAAUGGAGUCCAGGGGAACAAGGGAUCCGUGACACCUACCAGAUGGAAUUAAAUUGGUCCUUUAAUCCCCCUUCUGGAUCAAAUAAAGUUUUGUUCACAGUUAAAAUGUCAAUGAGAAUAGAAGAAGAUUUUGAUACCAGUCUGAACGACCCCACUAAUGAGAAGUACCAACGCUAUGCUAAAGAAAUUCAGUCAGCGGUUGAAGACAAAUACCAAACUGUGUCAACCUUCAAAAAAGGUUCAGUAAAAGUAACUGGCUUCAGGCCUGGUAGCAUUAUAGCAGACUAUGAAAUUAAGACAACAACCAACAGCCCCAGCAACUCUGAAUUUGUAGAGGCAAACAAUAAGGUUGCCAACACUCUCACGUCCAUGGGAUUUCCUGUAGCUGGGAAUGCUUUUGCUGAAAGUGAACAAGCAACUCUUUCCACUGCAACAAAAUGGUAUCCUCUGCAAGAUAUGACACUCAAAUGUAAAAUCCCAGAUUCUGUUGUUGGUGAAAUGAGUUGGACAGUGAAUGACCAAGUUAUAGUACAGAACAGAAAAUACUCCUUUUCAGAAGGUGGUACAAUUCUCACUGUGAAAAGCGUCACUGAGAAAGACAAAGUUUUUUUUUUACUUGCAGGUAGAUAUGCAUGUAAAAAAGCAAGGGCCAUACCUUACAUUCAAUGGCAAGAUAUAGAUAUUGAACCACUUCCCAAUAUCAUAGUGGGUAAAAACGAAAGACAGUUUCAGUGUAUGGAUCAGACGGUGGAACUGACAUGCUGUGAAACAAAAUAUGAUGUUGAGUGGAGUCCUCCUGGUGAUGAACCGACACUUCCAGUCAAGGGAUGCAUCACACUAAAGCAUAACAUCAGGAGUGCAGAUUGUAGUAGUAAAACCUUUACAUGCCAACUCAAGAUCUCAGAACUGCAGCGCUUGUCUUAUGCCCAGAGGACAGUCAUUAUUAAUAAAGUCAAUCAAGUAAUGACCUGUAAAAAUGACACGCUUGGAGAUGGGAAAGAAGGUGAAGUUUUGACAGGACCCUGUGAAAAAGGCAAGGAAGGCACCAUUACCUAUCAGUGUACAUUAGGUUCAUGGAGGGAAAUUAACAGGGACUGUAUACUUCAAGUUAUCAAAGACAUUGAAAAGCAAGUUGAGGUCUUGGCUCCACAGGACAUCCCAAAGGUUGUGGCUCAGCUCAGUACUGCUACAGUGCAGAAUAAUCAGGAGAUAACACAGUCUUCCGUGACUGUCCAAACAAUUGUUGAGAUACUUGUAAAAAUCGCUGGUACAGCACAAACCAUUAUCAUCGAUGAGUCUGUGAUGAAGUCUUUCCUUCAAACUGUGGAUAUCCUUGUUUCGGACUUAGCUAUUAACUCAUGGAACAAUUUGAACAAUAACAGCAGGACAGAUGACACCAGCACUGCACUUCUGACCGCUAUUGAGAGUAUAAGUGACCGUCUCACAGAUGGCAAUUUUACGAUUAAUGAAAAAUCUAUUGAGUUGAAUAGAACUGUAGCAGACAGAUAUAGUGGAAUAUCAAACCUGCCAAACUCAUCCACUGAGAUCCUGAUACCACAGAUUUCUAAACCCACACCCAUAACCAUCAUAGUCUUCACAACUCUUGACAAUGUUCUACCUACUCGUGAUACUAGUAAUAAAAAUGACAAUAAUACAGAUGUGCGGAUCAAUGGAGAUGUGGUUGUUGUUAAGGUGAACCAAAAAAUUAACAGCAUUUCUUUUGCAUUUGACAUUACUAAUCAGUCUUUGGGAAAUCCUCAGUGUGUCUUUUGGAACUUCAAACUUGAUGCAUGGGAUUCCACUGGAUGUGAAGUAAAACCCUAUAUCAGAAAAGGGAACGAAACUGGCAAGAUUACAUGUGAAUGCGACCACACAACCUCUUUUUCAAUCCUAAUGUCACCGUUUUCCCUUUAUCACAAAGCCUUGGCCUAUAUAACUUACAUUGGUGUAGCUAUUUCAAUGGCCAGCUUGAUUUUGUGCCUCAUUAUUGAGAUUAUCGUGUGGAAGUCCAUGACAAGAAAUGACACAUCCUACAUGCGACACGUGUCCAUAGUCAACAUUGCCGUGUCCCUGCUGAUUGCAAACAUCUGUUUCAUCAUUGGAGCCGCAAUCACAGAACAAGAGCAGCCAACCUCAGUGGGUCGCUGCAGUCCAGUGGUUUUCUUCAUGCACUUCUUUUACCUGGCACUUUUCUUCUGGAUGUUAAUUUCAGCGCUGUUUCUCUUUUACCAUACAGUCAUGGUCUUGUCCCAAAUGUCAAGGGCCAAAAUGAUGGCCAUUGCUUUCAUAGUCGGUUAUGGUGCACCUUUGCUCAUAGCGGUCAUUACAGUUGCAUCGACAGCUGGAUCUCAGAAUUAUGUCACGAAACAAGAUGCAUGCUGGCUGAACUGGUUGGAAUCUAAGGCCCUGCUGGCAUUUGUGAUUCCAGCUCUCACUAUUGUAGCCAUAAACCUUGUGGUUUUGAUUGUGGUUCUGUGUAAGAUGUUGAGGAGAGGAGUUGGUGCCGCAACUCAACCAGAUAAGAAACAUGCCCUGGUGGUCACUGCCCGAUGUGUGGCCAUAUUGACUCCUAUCUUUGGUCUAACAUGGGGAUUUGGAAUUGGAGCCAUGUUUUCACGUGACUUGGGUGUUCAUAUGGUGUUUACGAUCCUCAAUUCACUGCAGGGAUUUUUUAUUUUGGUGUUUGGAACGCUUUUAGACAGCAAGAUCCGUGAGGCACUGGGAGGAAGGCUGUCACUAAGGAACCUUACCAGCUCUAUCCAUACCAGGAGUACUAGUGCAGGACCAUCAUCUUCAAGCGGACUGGGUUUCUUUCAUCAAAGGAUGCAUAGGAGAAAUGUGAACAACUUAUCUAGAGCCAGCUUUUUCUCAACUGCAUCUUCAGACUGCUCCAGUGGCUCAGAUACAUUCAUGAAUGCAUAAUCAACUAUUAACUAUAGUCUUUAUUAACAAUGAAACAGCUUUUCCAAAAGCAUUUCCUAGACUGCAAGUAUAUGUAAACUGCAUUGAUGAAAUGUACAGAUUUUAUAUUUAAUUAAGGAAACAAUUAUAUUAUACUAAUGGUGUAAUUGGAUGGUUCUAGCCUCUAGAGAUUUGCUGUCCAGUUGGUGUCAUUACAUUUAUUAUGGUGGUCUUAUUUAUUUAUUUAUUUUUAAAAAAUAAAAUAUUAUAUUUUACUGCUUCACCAA